AUGACUAUUCUUGUUGGAAAGCCCUUGUCAUGGGCUAUUACUACCACUGCAGGAAGUGGGUUCCUGCUAUUCGGCUAUGAUCAGGGUGUCAUGUCUGGUCUGUUGACCGGGACGGCCUUUACUCAAACAUUUCCGGAGAUAGACACCACCGCCACGGGACAUGGGAGUUCCUCGUUGCAGGGGACGGUCACUGCCAUCUAUGAGAUCGGAUGCUUCUUCGGGGCGAUCAUUGCCUUAUUGAUUGGUGAACGUAUCGGUCGGCGGUGGUGCAUCAUAGCUGGCUGUAUCAUUCUUUCGAUCGGAGCUGCAUUGCAGUGCAGUGCGUAUAGUAUCCCUCACUUGAUUGUGGGCCGGAUUGUGGCUGGAGUUGGGAAUGGUCUCAACACUAGUACUAUUCCGGUCUGGCAUUCGGAGCUGAGCAAGGCAGCGAGUCGUGGAAAGGGGCUGCAGCUUGCGAUUGAGCUAUGUAUCAACAUUUUUGGCGUGAUGACGGCAUACUGGGUUGCUUACGGAAUGAGUUACGUGGUCAACGAUGCGCAGUUCCGCUUUCCCAUUGCCUUGCAGAUUCUCUUUGCCGUAAUCACCUUAGCAGGUAUUAUCGUGCUUCCCGAGUCCCCUCGCUGGCUUAUUGCCCAUGGACGACACGACGAAGCACGACAUGUCAUCUGGGCCGUCCAGCCCAACGCCCGUCUCAUUGACGAGGACGACGCUGCAGUGACCGCAGACGUCACGGAAAUAACCACCGCUAUCGCUGAGGAGCGAGAGGCUACGCAAGAGGGGUCAUUCAAGCUGGUCUUCACCAACGGCCACCAGAAGUUCUUCUAUCGGACGCUGCUGGGAAUGGGUGGGCAGAUGAUGCAGCAGCUGUCGGGUGUCAAUUUGAUUACAUACUACAACACGGUUAUCUUCGAGGAUUCAGUUGGCAUGAGCCAUAACCUGGCGUUAUUGAUGGCUGGGUUCAACGGCGUGGCGUACUUUGCUUCGACAUUUGUUCCUAUCUGGGCUAUUGAUCGGCUGGGUCGUCGGAAACUGAUGCUCUUCGCGGCGGCCGGGCAAUGCGCAUGCAUGGCGAUCCUGGCGGGCACAGUAUAUGACGGUAGCCAUGCAUCUGGUAUUGUCGCCACGGUCAUGCUGUUUCUGUUCAACUUCUUCUUCGGUGUGGGAUUGCUGGCCAUUCCCUGGUUGUUGCCCGCCGAAUAUGCUCCGCUGUCUAUCCGAUCUCAAGCUGCGGCUCUCGCCACUGCUACGAACUGGAUCUUUACCUUCCUGGUGGUGGAAAUCACCCCAGUCAGUAUCAAGAGCAUCGGCUAUCGCACGUAUAUCUAUUUUGCCGUGGAUCGGCUAUUUACCGGGGAAAAGGUCCAGCUGCACUGGCACGCGUCAAUGGGCGCCGUUGGGGAUGCCAGCGAGCGAGUGGACGAGAAGACAGGCAAGGAGACUGUAGAGCAUGGAAUUAUGGAUGAAGCAUCCCAACCUAUCGAACUACAAACCAUGCCUUGCGCCGAUUCUCGUCAUCUCCCGCGAAAACGGACCCGCACGGGUUGCGUGAACUGCAGCCGGCGAAGGCGGAAAUGUGACGAAGCAAAGCCAACGUGCACGGGCUGCAAGCGGCGCGGCGACAAGUGCCAAUGGCGCAUGCUAGGGUCCUUCCGCGAGGCCAACAUCAAGGUUCUGGAGCCGGGGCAUCCGUCCAUGAAUCAGACGGCCAGGGGGACUAGGAAACAGAGUAAAUUUAAGAUUCUGAAUGUUGUUCCUUCUCCUUCUCGAGCUGCUGGAAAGGAACGGCAGCUGAGUCCGCCAGUUGAUGAGGGGAGAGGGUCAUCGCCUUCGGCACGAUCGCUUCCUGGUAAUGGUGAGGGUGAGAGUGAAGUGGUGCGGCGGGAUGGUCUGGAAAAUGUGUCCGGAGCAGCUCCGGAUGCUCAUCCAACGGUGCUUAGUCCAGGUUCUAAUCAGGCUGUGUCGCCUCUUUCGCAUCACAGUUUUCAUGCUCAGGAGAUUAAUAUUGAGAAUGGCCAUUCGCCUCAUCAGGCCAAUGAAUUGCCUCAUCCUUACCCGGAUGAAGCGCCUCACCAGCCGUACAUCCAUUCUAGUCCUGAGUUUGUUGUUAAUGAGCUCACUGCUCUGCGCAACCUCUCCAAUAACACGGGGCACUUUCCUGGGCCUGAAGUCUACCAGUCUAUGACAUCGCCAUUGUUCGAUCAUAGCGUCUUUUCUGAUCCGGCAAAUCUGACAAAUGAUGUUUUCGUUCCGGGCUCAGCCUACGAAGCCCUUCAUACCACGCUGCGUAAUCGACAGCUGUGGACUGCUCGGACAGAAAUCCCCAGUCGCGCAAGCACCCCGGCAUCAGUGCUUGGAUAUGACGGACCCACGCCGAACACCUCACGUAUACAGAGAAGCAGACGAGCUCAGUCCAGACCAGGACGGGACUUUGAACUGACACCCGAGCGCGAGAACAUACUCUGGCAGAACUACCUGAACGAAAUUUGUCUUUGGCUGGACAUGUUCGACAACCACCGACACUUCGCAUCGACCUUCCCUCAGAUGGCCAAAUCGGCGCCACAUCUGCGAUAUUCCAUCCUUGCCCUGUCAGCACGACAGAUGGAGCGACAGCAGAACAAGAAGUCGCAAUCAGAAAGUCUCUUCUUAUACCAAGAGGCCAUCCAUCAACUUCUCCCGGAGCUAGAGCAGAAGACGACCCCUGUCAUCGCGUCAUGCGUCAUUUUAUGUGUCCUCGAGAUGCUCAGCUGUCUAGGCAACCCCAAAGAGUGGCGCCGUCACCUCGAUGGAUGCGCCUACCUUAUCCAAGCCGCGGAAAUUAACGGCUUCUCGGGUAAAGAAGAGCAAGCGCUAUUCUGGUGCUUCGCGCGAAUGGAUGUCUGCGGAGGCCUCAUCUCCGAAGAAGAGACCAUUAUCCCGAUCAACCACUGGAUUCCGCGCGACAUGACCCCCACGGAAGCAUCCCAGCUCUUCCUCGCCUCAAACAUGACCACCUUUGACACGUACGCCAAUUACACCGUCUUCCUGUGUGCUCAGACAUUAGGGGUGCUCUUCGGCGGUAACAGCCAGUUACCAGCGUCCUGCAUGUCAUGUCACUAUCUCUCUAGUCCCAGGGAGGGCGAAUCUUUCAGGAAACCAGCUUUACCAUGCCUGUGCAUUGCUUUUGCUGCAACGAAAACCAAAGACGGUAUCCCUGCCUCGGCGACCGAAAUCGGUGUUGUGGCACGCGCGGCAAAUCUGCGCUAUUUCCGCAUCGAAUACACACCACCGCUGUGGCUGGCUGGUAAAGUCAUGUCGCAUCAUUCGGAACAUACCGCCAUAAUUGAGACUUUGACGCGAAUUGAGCGCGAGACGGGUGGGCGACAGCCUGGCGAGUGGAAGACCUAAAGGAGUUUUGGGGAGAUGAGGACGAGGAUGUGGAUGUGGAUAUGGAUGGGGGGAUGGAUCUGGACCUGCGGAGUGAGAGGGCGAGAGGGAGCAUCGG